AAAACCGUCCCUAUUCUCAUUACCUCAUUCUAAUGUUUACGGUCAAUGAUCCAAAACUGAGAGUUUCACAAACUACUCUUUUCUCUUGACAUAAAACUCAUCGAAAAAAAUCAACAGUUUGUGAAAAAAAAUGGGACAAACGGUUUCUAAUGCUUCAUCCUCAGCUUCUAAACUAUUGCGGCUGGUCAUUCCACGACGUUAUGCUUCUCCACUGAAUUGGGGUUAUGAAAAAUUGAAUAAUCAAGAUGAUAAUUUCCAUCUCCAGAUUCAUCCUCAAGAGCUGCAAUUUCCAUUUGAGUUGAAGAAGCAAAUAUCUUGCUCUUUGCAAUUGUUGAAUAAGUCAGAUAAUUGUGUGGCUUUCAAGGUUAAGACUACACAUCCAAAGAAGUAUUGUGUUAAGCCUAACAAUGGAGUUGUGUUGCCCAGGUCAACUUUUGAUGUUAGAGUUAUAAUGCAAGCUCAAACGGAGGCACCUCCUGACAUGCAAUGUCCGGAUAAAUUUCUUUUUCAAAGCAUAGUUGCAAAACACAAAACAUAUCACUCCAAAAAUGGAGCCACCACAAAAGAUUUCACUCCCCAGAUGUUUGAUAAAGAAUUCGGUUACGAGGUUAAAGAGUGCAAAUUAAGGGUUAUCUAUAUCAUUCCUCCUCAACCGCGACCUCCCGUUCAAGAAGGAUAUGAUAAAGAUUCCAAAGCUUCAAUCGAACAUUUUGAACAAUGUGAACAUGUUGAACAUUGUGAUACUUCUUUUGAGGUACAUCCUCAAGAGCUUCAAUUUCCUUUUGAAUUGAGGAAGCAGAUAUCAUGCUCUUUGCAGUUGUCUAACAAGUCAGAUAAUUACGUGGCUUUCAUGGUUAAGACUACAAAUCCGAAGAGAUAUGGUGUAAAGCCUAAUCGGAAAGUUAUGUUGCCUAGAUCUUCUUGUGAUGUUAUAGUUACUAUGAAAGCUCAAAAGGAAACACCUCUUGACAUGCGAUGCAAAGAUAAAUUUCUUAUUCAAAGCGUAGUUACAAAGCUGGAAGCAACCACAAAAGAUAUCACUUCAGAAAUGUUUAAUAAAAAAUUAGGUUAUGAGGUUGAAGAGAGCAAACUAAAAGUUAUUUAUGUUGAUCCAUCUCAACUACCAUCUCCAAUUCAAGAAGAAUCUGAUGAAUAUUUGUCUCCUCGAUCAUCUGUCUUUCCAGAUCAGGCAAAAGCAAUUAUUUUAAAGUUAACUGAGGAGAGGGAUAAUGCUAUUGAGCAAAAUAAAAGGCUUGAGCAAGAAUUGGAGCUUUUGAGGAAUGAAGCCAACAACAACAUAUAGAAUUGAUCUUUUCAUGAGAAUUGGCCGACAACGACAAUCAUAUAAAGUAGACAUGUCGAUGAUCUCGUGGUGAGAGGAGAUGGGUGGCGAUGUUUGUUGCAAUUACCAUGAAUUGGUAUAAGUGUGACUUAAGAAAUGUGACAUGAUUUUAAUGCAAUUUUUUCUUUAUGUUGUACUACCUUAAAUUAUUUUUUAAUGUUAAGUUUGUUUAUUUAUAAAUAUUAAUAAUUUAUUUAUAUUAAUAUAUUAUAAAAAUAAUAAAUCAAUGAUUUAGAACAUGUUAUUUUUGUACAAAAAUAUCAUCCUUCAUCACAUCGACACGAAAACUUGAUUGUUAUCUAAACAAGCACCUAGAAAAGGAAAAACUAACAUAAAAAAAUGAAAGAAAUGUAAAACUUACUAAAAGCAACCUAACAAUCCUCGCGAGAGCGAGCCUCCAUCAGUAAUGAAACAUCAAUCAGACGCUUCAAACAUUUCUUAUCGACCUCGACCGAGGGAAAAUG